CAUUGACAUCGUUGGGCAUCGGCUCACCUCUGCGUUGACACAAACACGGAACACAGUGGUCGAGUGCAGCAAGUGAGCGAUCACUCGGCGUUGCCCCUCGUCCACCAGCACACACACACACGGCCAGGCCAUCCCCAUUCGCCGGGCCAAGCACCGCCAAGAUCGGCGCCGAGAUCACGACGAGCUCGGCACGGCAGCACGUCCACUUUGCGCAGCGCGGAGCUCACCUUGGACAACAAACGCCAUCGCACCCCGCACCGCCGUUAUCGCCAUCGCCACAGGUCCGUGCGGCGCGCACCGCCAUCGCUCUCGCCAUCAUCGACAGCCAGCUGCACACCCACCACAUUCAUGCCAUCUAGAUAGCUUGCACCCCGCCCCGCCCACGCUCCUUACCUCUCCCCGCCCCGCAGCAUGAGCCUCUUCUGGCGGCAGUUCGCCGCGUUGUGCAGGAAGAACUGGCUCAUCUUCGCGCAGUACCCCAUCACCAACAUUGUGCGGUGCCUCCUCGUGCCGAUAGGCUACGCCAUCUUCUUCUCCAAGGCGCAGCAAUUCUUCACCAACCGCGGCACGUACGGCCCCGGGCAUGUCGCGCAUCUCCAGCCAAUACCCCGCGACCUGCUCGGCCACCGGCUCGUGUGGGUCCCGCCCGCGAACGACCCGGCCUUCACCCUCAUGGACACGGUGCUCGCCAAUGCCGGCGUGAACGGCGACGUUGUGCGCGUGCCGACCGUCGACGGCGUCGCGGACAAGUGUCCUGAGAACUUCAACCAGCUCAGCGACUGCUUCGCGGCCGUCGUGUUCGAUUCGGUCGACUACGAGCGCGGACUUUUGAACUAUACCAUUCGCGGAGACUUUGGCCUCGCGAUGGUCAAUGUCGAUGACAUUACCAAGGACGACACGAUGAGCAGGUACCUCCCGUUACAGUGGGCGAUCGAGAGUACUUUUAUCAACCAGACGACAGGGGUCAUGCCCGACCCCCCGCUGCAGUGGGGCUACACCACAGCAACGAACAAGGACAACUUGGAGAAGCAGCGCAUGUCCUACCUCCGUGGCAUCCGCGGCCUGCUCGUCCUCGCCUUCUUCCUCGGCUUCCUGCCGGUCGUGUACCACCUGCCGGGAAGCAUAGCGUACGAGCGGGCCAACUCGCUCACGGCACACCUGAACGCGCAGGGAUGUCUCACGAGCGCGCGCGUCAUCUCGUGGCACCUCAGCCUGUCGGGCGCGUACGUCGUCUCGUGGAUCAUCAUGGCCGUCGUGUACCAGCGGCAGAUCUUCAAGCACACCAACAUGGGCCUGUUCAUCGUCACGUUUGUCAUCACGGGCCUCAGCCUCGCGAGCUGGACGUUCCUCGUCGCUGUGCCGUUUGGCAAGGCGCCGACGCUGGCGGCAGUGACUGCGACGUUCGGCGCCAUCCUCCUCGCCAUUGUGGGCCAAAUCAUCGGAUCCAAGGUCGUCACACAGAUCGUAUUUGCACUCGUCUUCCCUCCCACGUUCUUUGUCUUUACGCUCAAGGGCAUGGCGUCAUUCGAGCUGGCGAAGCGCGCACCAAGCAUUCUUCGUCGAAGCCCAAACCGCGACGCUCCUAUCCUCGCCCUCUUGAUUAUCGCAAUUAUUGAUAUCUUUCUUUUCCCCCUCGUUGCAGUGUGGCUGGAACGCAAGAUCUACGACUCUCAUUCAGCGAGGAAGAGCCGAUGGGGCAUCUUUGGUCGCAAGAAAGCAGACGUCGCAGACGCGCUCCCAUCCGAGGUCGCUGUCCGCAUCAGUCACAUCAGCAAGACGUACGACACGCGGUGGUACAACAUUGGCCGGAAGAAGGGCGUGGUCGCCAUCGAAGACUUGUCGUUUGAUGUGCCACGAGGUGGCGUCUUCUGUCUCCUGGGCCGCAACGGCUCGGCAAAGUCAACCACGCUGAAUGCCGUGGCGCGCUUGAUCAGCCUGUCCUCCGGAACGAUCGAGUACGGCGCGGACCAGCACAUUGGUGUCGCGUCGCAAAAGGACGUGUUGUGGAACGAACUCUCCUGCGUUCAGCACGUGGCGUUGUGGCGCGCAGUCAAGGGCUUGAAGAGGGAGCAGGAGGACGACCGCGAGCUACUGAAGCGCUGUGACCUCGAAGCCAAGACGUCGGCACUUUCCAAGAACCUCAGUGGUGGGCAGAAACGAAAGCUCCAGCUCGCAUGCGCCAUCGCUGGCGGAUCAAACCUACUCCUUCUCGACGAAAUCUCCUCCGGUCUCGACCCGCUCUCCCGUCGUGCCAUCUGGAGGCUGAUCACGGCGAACAGGGGCGACGCAACGAUCAUUCUCACCACGCAUUUCCUCGACGAGGCAGACCAUCUCGGCGACACGGUUGCCAUUCUUCGCCAGCCGGGAAAGCUUCUCGCUAUUGACAAUCCGGUUGCACUCAAGACCAAGCUCGGCCGCGGUAUCACUGUCGCUGUUGAUGACAGUGCUGAUCCCGCAUUUGUGGACAGUGUGAAAACGACAUUCCCGGCCUUUACUGUUGGAUCGGUGAAGGGCCAGCAUCUCUUUAUGACUGGUUCCAAUGACCUCGAGCCGGUCAUUUCACUUGUCUCCGAGCUCGAAGCUGAGCGGAAGAGGGGAGUAGACCUCAAGUACCAGGUCGGCUCGGGUUCCCUCGAGGAAGUCUUCCUCGACCUCAAUGCCGGUGAUUUUGACCCCGAUGCCCAGGUCCUCAGUCCAAGAGUGACUCGACUCGCCAAAAUCCAGUCGAAGUUGGGCACACCUGUGGUGGAGAAGGACGAGGUCCAGCAUUCGUCCACCGAGACCGACGUCGAGGAGGCCAAACUCGCCACGUUGCCCAUCAACUCAGGACACCAUGAACAAGCUGUCACUCUUACGCCAUCCAAGCAUGGCUCAUGGCUACGCGCCACUCUCCGCGGCGCUGGAACAAUCUUCCUCAAGCGAGUCCUCGUUCUUCGAAGGUCGUGGCUGUUGACAGUUAUCGGUGUCAUCCUCGUCAUCGGGUUCUCCUGCGUCCCCCUGUUCUUCAUGAAGAACAGGGUGCAAACUUGCGAAAACGAAGUCGAAGUCGAGAUCCUCCAGCAAAUGUCCUACCCUCUAAGCUUCUAUCCAUUCAGAUACGCUCCUCCUCUACUGAGCGUCGGCGACGCCGUUUUGGGAAACUGGACCAACUCGUCGAUUCCAUUCGCCAGACGCGUAGACUCGAACACCACACUCAUUAACACGAUCUCCGACAACAUCAAGAACCAGACAUUCGGUGGUCUUUCUCUCACUGCGUUGCCGAGCACGAACCAGCUUGUGGCUUUUGAGAGCACACCGCUGAGAAUGAAGGGUUUGUCGGCGCUCAACCUCUUCUCCAACAGUGUAUAUCAGCAAAUCAGACCGGCAGCCAACUCUUUCAGGAUCAAUCUCAACUUCCAAUGGAUCCCCGCCCCGAGCUUUGGUAGCACCGCUCAGGUGUUCAAGUGGAUUGGGUUCUUUGGCAUCGGCAUUGCCUUCUGGCCUGCAUUCUCAGUCGUCUUCCCCACCGCGGAGCGCUCGUCAAACGUCCGCGCAAACCAGUACUCGAACGGAGCCAACCCCGUUGCCCUCUGGCUUGGACACAUUCUCUUCGAGAUGCCGAUCAUUGUCUUUGUUGCCACAAUCGUCACGGUCGUGUUUGCAACUGUGGUGAAUCAGUUCAAUGCCUUGGGUCUGGUGUGGUUCUCCUUCGUCCUCUACGGCAUCGCGGGCAGCCUGUGGGCAUACCUCUUUGCCCUCUUCCUCAGCUCUCCGCUCGCCAGCUGGGCUAUUGUUGCAGGCCUCAACGUCCUCAUAAUGCUUCUCUACCUCGCCAUGUACCUCAUCAUCCUCACCUUCGACCGGAGCGUGAAUGCCACCGAUCACAUGACCAUAUGCCACUUUACUAUUGCACUCAUCAACCCCGUGCCGAACAUUAUGCGAGUGAUCCUAGUCUCGCUCAAUGUCUUCGGCCUGCUGUGUGACGGGUUGGGUGCUCGCACCAGCAAGCCAUACGGCGACAUUCUCCAGUUUGGCGGACCGAUCCUUUACCUCAUCAUGCAGUCACUGGUAUGCUUUGCCAUCCUCGUCUGGGUCGACUCUGGAGCUCCCCUUCCAGCCCUGUUCCGCCGGCACUUGAAAGGCGGGUCCACCGACGGCACACCGCAGGAUGUCAUUGAAGAAAAGGAGCGCGUGGAGCACAACCCCAGCGAUGCCCUCGUCGUCCGCGCUCUGAGCAAGAAGUUCCAUGGCACCCAAAAGCUCGCGGUGGACAAUGUGUCCUUUGGAGUCGAUAGUGGAGACACGUUUGCACUCCUGGGUCCGAACGGCGCUGGCAAAACCACCGCUCUGGCGUGUAUCCGAGGUGUGCUGCUGCCGACUCAAGGCGAUGUUAUGGUAACUCAGCACUCAAUCACAAAACAGCGCAACAAGGCACGUGCAGCGCUCGGAGUCUGUCCCCAAGUCAAUGCGAUUGACUCGUUGUUGACCGUGAGGCAACACUUGUGGUUGUACGGCCGACUCAAAGGAGUCCCGUCCAAGCCUCUCCGGUCGGACAUUGACGCACUGCUCACCGCCUCCGGCCUCGCACCAAAGGCGGACGAGUUGGCAACGUCGUUGUCGGGUGGAAACCAGCGCAAGCUUCUCCUGGCAAUCGCGCUCAUUGGUGAUCCGCCUGUGGUCCUGAUUGACGAGUUCUCGAGCGGUGUAGAUCCGUUCAGCAAGCGCGAGGCAUGGACCACGUUGGCAGCCCUGACCCGCGAUCGGGCAGUGGUCAUGACGACGCAUUCAAUGGAGGAGGUCGAUGCACUUGCGUCACGCAUCGGCAUCCUGGCUUCGAAGAUGCUCGCCAUCGGAACUCCUGCUGGACUCAAAUCGCGCUAUGCGACCUACGAGGUGCAUGUUGGGGCCAACCACAUUGAACCAACGCUUGCAUACUUGCAUAACAACGGGUUUGAGGGCGCCAAUCGCAGUGUUGGCACUGCGACGCGUAUCUCUGUCCCUGGUCGUAACAACUACCCGGCUGCUGUCCUCAAGGACCGCCACUCGCGCGCCGGCCUCAACAAGUCUGAGAUGGAGCGCAAGGGCGGUGCCGGACCCCACAACUGGGGCAGCUUUGCCGAGGAGGAGAACCUCGAGUACCAGGGCGGCAUGGAUGCGCGUCUCGAGACGGCCAUGUUUGACGACGACGACGCCGCGGCCAAGGACGCUGCCGACGAGACCGAGACGGCCGACACUGAGGACUCGGCCGAGAUCCCCGAGCUCGGCUCGUCGGGUGCCCGUCCCAUUGCCGGCGGUGGCCAGCGCCGCCUCUCGCAGGUGACCGACGAGGAGCGCGAGGCCGCCCUCCGCUAUCGCGAGGGCGGCCUCAAGCAGAACGGCGUCGACCUCGCGUCGAUCGCCCGUACCUCGUACGGUGUGGCCAACUCGCCCACCAACUCCUCGGUGCUCUCGACCUCGCCGCUCCGCACCAAGGCUGGAUUCUCGGCUCAGACGAAUUAAGCACGGGCUCUGCCGCACCGGCGCAAGGAACGGCCGCCGCUGUCUCUGCAACGGCCCGGCUUUGCCCCCCCUCAACCCAACCAACCCAUUCAACAAUCACUCCAUCCAAGCAGUCGCAAGCAAGCAAUUGAAACUCCAACGUAAUCGCAUCCCAAGUGUCAUAUACUGGUCCCUCUUGUCGUGUUAGAGGUCACCUCCAUCCUGUCCCCGAAACUGUGUGUCAAGUAGCUGUAGUGUAGUAGCAAGAAGAGAAAUGAAGCAAGCAGUUAAGCAGUGACAAA